AGUGCACUUUGCCAACAUGGUGUGUCAUUUGGGCUACUUUUUCCCCGUGCCCAUCAGUGGCAGCUACCAGGUCAAGGACGACGGAUGUCUUUACCGCUUCCAGGCACCUUUCUACUGGCCCUCCUUCAACAACACCCCCGACAACACAGACUACGCUGUGUACCUGGUGAAGCUACUGCAGAGUUGUGGGAGUGGGGCGGCUGCCAGUGCUAGUGGGAGGGGCGGAAAGUGUGCCCUGGAACCCUACGAGUACGACAUCUACUGCAAACUCAGACAGACACUCUCCCACAAGUGGGAACUCAUCAUCAUCACCGCCGAAAACCAGAUCCGAAUGCAAAAACAGCGCAAGAAGAUUGACAAAGUCAUCAGCGAAAGCCAAGAGAGGGCAUUCUGGCGCAUACACAGGCCUCCCAGUGGCAUAUCAGCUAUGUUGGAGCGAGGACCUCGGAAGUUCUUCCAGGAGCCCAAACCCCUCACUCGGGAGGCACUGCAGAAGACGAGAGACCUGCUGCUGAGCCGAGUGGCCAAGUCCAAGAGCUACUCGCCAGCCACUUGUGCCAAGUGCCUUAUGAGCCACACGCUUGCAUAUCAAGACUUCGAUCCUUUCCUCGCCACUGAGGACUGCUUCAACCCCUGGAUCACAGAAGAACCCUCGUACUUCAACUUAUCCGCCCCACAUGUGAAGCACCCCCUCCCGAAACGUGUGAGGCGAUGGGCCCUGGGACUGGGGGAAUUGUUAAAAGACCCCACGGGACAGAGGGAGUUUAUGAAGUUCCUGGAGGCAGAGUUCAGUGCCGAGAAUCUCAAGUUCAAACUAGCCUGCGAGGAGCUGUGGAGAUGCAAGCAAAGUGAAGUGGACGCCAAACUAAAACAGAUCUACGAAACUUUCAUAAAAGAAGACGGCGAACUUCAAAUUAACAUCGACAACCGAAUCAAAGAAGACAUCAAGCAAUACAUGAUAUCGUUUUACCACUCGCAGAAAAUGAAACAACAACAGAGUUCUGAGUUUGGCUCCAUGGUCUUUCCACCCACAGAGUCUACUCUGGAAAAGCCAUUUGGAACGUCAGCUAACAUCACUUCGACCCCCGAAGCUUCAAAUACUCCUGCUGCGCCUGGAACUAAACCAGGUGUAAUUAGUCAGUCGAGCUGCUUUGAUCUUAAUCUCCGCGACUCGAGUUCCGAAGUUCGGCUUCGGGAUUCCUCGAGUCUUGCAUCGCCAAAUUUACCUGGAACAAAAUCUGGCAACUCGAAUGUUUCCAGUUUCUCUUAUGGCGAAACAACCGGUGCAGUAGGUGGCGAGGAUGGUCGUCUCGUGUCUUUGGAUUCGCAAAUCCGAGAGAAUCCCUUUGUUUUGCCUUCAGCAGGAAGAGCAACUGUUCUAAGCUCCGGAAGUUUCUGUCGAAGCUCAGUGGGAAGUUUGAGUUGGACUGAGGCUGAUCGCUCCGGAGAUUACUCACACCUGGGAAAAAGACAUGUGUUCGAUCGGGCUCUGGAUGAAAUCGUGCUACUUAUGAGUUCGGAUCCAUACCAGCGGUUCCUCAAGAGCGAUGUCUACCGGAAGUUAGUCAACGACCCACGACUGUCUGACAAGCCUAGUGAUCUACAGAAGGUGCAAAAUUAUUUCAAAUUCCUCACAUUUUCAUCCCGCUCCAAAGCAGGUAACGCUGCCCUUUACUCGGCUCUUUACGAUUCGCACGAGGAUCCCGCGGCCGAGCCCGUAACGAGUGCGGCCAGCUUUCGGGGCGAUGUUUUCGGUCGAGGUGGGUCGCCGCGACAACCCGACGAGUGCAUGUCGUCCCUCGACGGCCUGACAGACGAAAUCUUCACUGGUGCUCCGACCAAGUCAUCUUCCGCCACGCAAAUCAGAAUGACCUCACAGACAAAAUCAUCUUCUAACCUCAGUACAAUGUCGCCAGGUCGCAUGACGCAAAGAAUCAUUCCAGAAAGUUCUAGAGAGAUUCUAGCCGCGCAACGAGGCGAUCACUCUUUAGCCAGUAUGGGAAUCGUCUCUUUAUCCUCCGAGGCCGUAUCGUCCUUCGAUUCCCUUCCAUCGUCCAGGAGCAAGCAACUGGAUCCAAUACAACAUACGUCGAACGCCAAAAGACUUUUUGCCGAUGCCUCAACCAGUGCGGGCGCCUCGCCGAAACCAACGAGUCGUCUUAUUUCGGAGGAGUCAGAUUCGGAUCCAAGACAGCGCAGUCGUACAAUGGAUGUCGUUUCUACAGCAAAGCAGACCGACUUGGUUGAUGAAGAUCGCACAAUGACUUUGAAAGCCAACACCUCCUUGUCGCAUAGUCCUAACAAUGACAAAAUCCCUCUUUUGCCCAACGACGGCGGCUCGAAAAAAUCGGAUAAAGUAGUGUGGUCAUCAGAAACAUUUAUUACAUCAUCUGAACGGGGGGAUGAUCUAAUGAUUGACAGCAGCAGCGAAAAAGGCGGCACUAACAUAUCCUGGUCUGGAGUGGGAGGCGGAGCCGUGAGACCAAAAACGACCUCAAAUUUAAUACAGGGUGGUCCCACUUGCAAAAAGAAAACGUCUACCUCCGAAUCCCCUAAACAUACAACUUCGCAAUCUACGAAGACACCCCUUACCUCUCUGAAAUCAAGAUUCCGCACAGCUACGACUAAAGUCGACAACAAAUGCAGUUCGGGUGGCACUCCAGAAAACCGAGGCAGUGGAGUCGGGGGUUUCGGAGGCCCAGUUCGCAACCUGCUCGGAGGAAUCGGUGCUGUGAAUUUAACUCAAAAACCACUCUCCAAAACAACUUCAGUUGAGUGUAGUAGAAAAAACGUGGGUGAUAAUUCUCCCGAGCUGCUUUAAAUUUAUUGCAAUUUUCCAACAAAUUUGUUUUCAUUUUUAUGUUUAUAUCAGCUUUUCGGACAGAUUUCGUUUGUUACUAUUUUGAUGUGUUUGUCUCUUCUGAAAAAGAUCUU